AUGGCUACCACGCACAGCCAAGACGAGGCUGCAUCGUUUGACGAUGUCGAGAAGGCUUCAUCGCAGCUAUCCGAUCCGAAGCCAGAACCAGACGCGCCUCCGACAGACUUUAUCGUUUCAUUUACCGGCGACGAUGAUCCCCGUAGCCCAAAGAGCAUGUCCACUGCGCGGAAAUGGUUGAUUACUAUCAUCGUGUCGACUACGAGUUUUCUUUUCGUCGUUGGACUCGGUAUCAGUCCCAUGCUACUUGCACCGUUGAGUGAGUUCUACGGCAGAAAACCUGUCUACGUUGGCUCUCUCUUCUUCUUCGUUGUCUUCAUCAUCCCUUCCGCCGUUGCACAGAACCUAGCGACGAUCAUUGUAACCCGUUUCCUCGAUGGAUUCGCUGGAGCGGCUUUCUUGAGCGUGGCAGGAGGUACCGUCUCGGAUCUAUUUCCAAAGGCUAAGCUGGCAUUCCCAAUGAUGAUAUAUACCCUGGGUCCUUUCCUUGGACCACAGCUGGGACCGCUCGUCGCGGACUUCAUCAACUACAACACCAGCUGGCGAUGGACAUUCUGGGUGGCACUCAUAUGGGCAUUUGCUCAAUGGGCAGCUAUCAUCAUCUUCGUCCCCGAGACAUAUAUGCCAGUUCUCCUCCGCAGAGAAGCAAGAAAGAUACGCAAAGAGAGCGGAGACGAUCGGUGGUACGCGCCGAUUGAGAAGAUGGAUCGCUCUAUUGCUCAAACUAUUCUUCGAUCCUGCUACCGGCCAUUCCUCCUGCUCACGCUUGAGCCCAUGUGUCUCUGCCUCUGCCUCUACUGCUCCGUCCUCCUCGGCGUACUUUACCUCUUCUUCGGCGCUUUCGGCCUGGUAUUCCGCGAGAACCACGGUUUUAAGCUUUGGCAGGUUGGUCUUACCUUCCUCGGCAUCACGGUGGGUAUGAUUUUGGGCUCUGCUUCGAACCCAUUCUGGAACAAGAACUACAUGCGCCUUCUCAAGAAGCACGAAGAGGAGCAUGGCGAGAAAGGAGGAUCUGAGCCAGAGUACCGUCUCCCGCCAGCCAUUGGAGGAUCACCUCUAGUGGUCAUCGGUUUGCUCUGGUUUGGAUGGACGACGUAUUCCUCGGUCCACUGGAUUGUUCCCAUCGUCGGCAGCGCAUUCUUUGGCGCUGGUGUAAUCAUGAUUUUUUCCGGUGUCUUCACAUUCCUGGUGGAUGCAUACCCACUUUACGGCGCGAGCGCGCUCGCAGCAAAUAGCUUCGCGCGGAGUAUGUUUGCUGCUGCGUUUCCGCUUUUUGGCCCCGCAAUGUACAACAACCUUGGUUUUCAGUGGGCGACUUUCUUGCUAGCCAUGCUUACGCUUGUGAUGGCUCCGUUUCCGUACAUAUUCUACCGCUAUGGGAAGGAGAUUCGGAAGCGGAGUAAAUACGCUGGCUCCAGGUAG